GACAAGUUGACGCUUGCGUACUUGCUUGAAAUGGCGGGUAAAGUGAAACUAAGGGUCGGACAGAGACUGGACAUUCGAUUUUGAUAUCGAUCUGAUUUUUGAUGGACUCCAUCAACCUCACCAUGUAAAACAGAUUCAUAGUCAAUCAUUCAAAUCAUCAGACAGAAGCAGGCACGUCAGUCAACCUUCUUUAGCGAUGGCAGAUGAUGUGGUCCAGGAAGAUGACUUUGAUUUGUACACGGACAUGAUAUGUGAGGAGUCCAAACUAGCACUUGAAGCUUGUAGAUCACUUCCCACAUCAGUUCCACUGCCAGUUUCUCCACUGGGUCCAUCACCGGACUUGAAUCAUUUGUCACCAGAUUUGAAACCUAUGUCACCAGAUUUGAAACCAUCAUCACCAGAUUUGAAACCGCCAUCAUCAGAUUUGAAACCUCUGUCACAAGAUUCAAAACCUCAGUUCCUGGUCCCAAGCAAACCUCCCCCUGAAGAGGAAAGUGUGGAUUUGUACUCCGACAUCAUAGCUGACUACCCCCGAACUGAAAAGUCAUCAUCUUCUGAUAACAAGGUGCUUGCAUCAAGCAGUGCUGGCUUGUCAUCCCGUACAGCCGGAGAUGGAGGUGCAGCAGCCAGGAGUGCGUCGUCAGAUAAGCCUGGGGAGGAGGACAGCAGCCUGGACCUGUACACAGAGAUCCUCAGUGAUGAAGUACAGCAGCGACACGACUCACGGAUACAGCUGGAACAAAAGUAUUCCACCGCUGUAGCCAGGAUUCAGGACCUGGAGGCCGAGCUGAACAAGUUGAAGGAAUCAGAAGAGAAAGCACGAACACAGAACAUCGUCAUCAAACAGAACAUCACAUCUCUCCUCCUAACCUCAAAGACGGAACUCAAACGAAAAGAUAGAGAAAUAACCAGACUCAACCUGUUGUUAGCCAAGCGUGGUGGAGGGAACUUCCGAGGAAACCACACUGAUGUCAGGAAGUACAACGAGUCAUCACCAAGUCGGCAGAAGGUGACCAGGAUGAGUGAUGAGUACACAGAUGGGCAGACACCAAGAAGAGGGAGAAAUAGUGAAUAUGACAAUCAGAAAAGAAAGCGAAACGAACAAGUCAAUGAUGGCACACCAAAAAGAAGGAAAGUUGGAAACUCGAAAUGUCCUGUGACCCCUGAACCCAAAGAUCGUAGAAAACCAUGGUCACACAGUCAGAGUCCUGACAAACCUGACAGGAAGAAGCCGGUGUUAACACAGAAGGGGCGGAGGAAUGAUGGUAAAUACUCCGACCAGAGACGGAGAGAGUGUGCAGAGGAAGAGCGUAAUAUCGGUAGAUCAAGUACGAGCAGAGAGAGGGAUCAGAGACGGAGAGAUUGUGCAGAGGAAGGGGGUAACGUUGGUAGAUCAAGUACAAGCAGAGAGAGGGAUCAGAGACGGAGAGAUUGUGCAGAGGAAGGGGGUAACGUUGGUAGAUCAAGUACGAGCAGGGAGAGGGAUCAGAGACGGAGAGAGUGUGCAGAGGAAGGGGGUAACGUUGGUAGAUCAAGUACGAGCAGGGAGAGAGAUCAUUGCGAUGGCAGUACUUCAAGUAAAUCUGGAGCUGGUCAGAAGAAGAAAUAUGAUCGAAACAGUCAUGAGAGAGAUAAAUGUCAUGAGAUCGCUGACAGAGAUCCAAUGUCUGGCACAAAGAGAUCUUCAAAAGACGGUCAUGGAGGUGAAAGAACCAGGAUGCGUAACAAAUCAAUUGAUGAUGACAAGGAGAAAAAACAAAAGUCCAGCAAACAGUUACAAAAUAGUUCUGUAGACUUGCGGACUAUUUUAAAACAAAAGCGAGAUGGAAAAGGAAAGGAACAGAAAUCUGUUGAAUUAGCAAACAGAAAGCGGCAUCCUAGUAAAACUGAAAGUACAUCAGAAAGUUCGAAUCACACGGGGCAUUCGUUGAAAACAAAUGACAAAGAACCAAGACCUGGUGAUAAGGAUUCUACUAGUGCUAAGAUAUCCAGUAAGAGCAAUGAUAAUAACUUUAAGGCUGAUAAACCUGGCAAUGCAAGUAAAAGUGAUGAAAAUCUGUUGAAAAAUAAUUCAGUUAAAGCUCAGAAAAAGUACGUUGCGGAGGCAAGCAUGAAGCUUAAACCCAUUUCAGUUGAACCUCAAACUGAUUCUGAUGAGGCACAGGACAGAUGGCCAGGAGAAAAGGUGAGGGAUUCCCUGCCUUCAGCUUCAUCAGCAAGCUGUUCUGUGAUGAAGGGCGAAUCCUCCAAUAGUCCCACGGAUUCCAGGGGCUCGUCCAGCAGCACGGCAUCAAAAGAGAAGAAGAGGAUCAGACCGAUAAUGCUGAGUGGGAAGCCGGAUGUGGCUGGUGACAGUCUCGACAUUGACCACAAAUCUUGUUUUGAUUCAGUGAUACAAAACAUAGAGAUGAGGGAGAACUCCAGCUUCGCCAAUGCCAGAGUGGUUGUAAUGGAUGUUAAGGGUUGUCCUGUAGAUGCUUCCGAGUCUACAGCAAGUUACGAGAAUCAGAUCAGUUGUAAGGACGGUGCUACCCAAAUCAGGGAUGAUGCUAUGGAGAAAUUAGAUGAUGAAUAUGAUAGAACAUGCAUUAAAAAUAGUCAUGACAUGACUCCCUCGAAGCAUUCUGGCCAAGUCAGUUCUUCCAAUGACUUGGACUCUAAGCUGGCUGAAAUUUCUCCACUUCAAUCUUUGAGUAAGGACAAGGAGCAAAUUGGAAGAGAAGAGAAUGAACAGUUGCCUGUGUGUACUGGAGAUCCCCUUCUGACGGAGACUUGUGUGUCCGCGGACAGGGAGACGAUGGCGUCUGUGGUUGGUGACAUGUCAGACCGAGACUGUUCUCUGGAUUUGAUGAUGGAGGAGGAGAGGUGCUCCAGAACCAUGCCAUAUAUUCAUGUCAGGAGGAACAAGUGUAGAAACGAGGUGGAGCAAUUAACAUGCUCAAACGGUAAUGAAUUAUCCAAUAAACAGGGUCAGGGUGAAGACAGUAUGGACGUAAGUUCGGGAAAGAAGAAGAAAUCUAAAAAGAAACACAGACCUAAGCUUGCAGAGAAAGAGAAUGUCCUAUCUGAUACAGAAGGUCGGUGUGCAGAUGUUACAAAAUCUGAUCUAUCAGGGAGAAUAUCACCAGUAACAACUGAGGUUUCUUCUCAUACAGCUUCUGCUUCUGUGAGACAUGAGAUGAAUCAAAGUGCAGAAAUGGCUGUUACCUCGAGUGACACAAAUGACGAAAAACUAUCAGAUAAUACACAUGAAAGAAAAGACGCUAAAAUCGAUCAUGUCGAUAGAAGAGAUCCUAGAUUAAACUAUGAAUCUGGGAGUGAACAUUCUGUUAAAAGAAAUUUUAAGCUUUGUCAAAAUUCAGAAAGUGUAACAAAUGAAAAUAAUUGUGUGAAGAUUAGAAGUGAAACUGUGUCCACAGACAAGCUCUCCUUCCAUCAGUGUGAAGAUGCUGGUGAUAAUGGUUCCCAUGUAGAUGGUCCAUUACCUAUUCAUCUUGUGGAUAGUCGUCUGAAUGGCCAUGAAAGACCACCCUACCAUGUGGAACCAUUUGAUUUUACCUCAUUUCCUAAAUCUUAUGCCAGAUCUGAGAGUGAAGAUGAGGAGAGGCAGAAUGUCCGAAAUGUUGAGUGUUGUGGCAUAUCUGAACAAAGAGGAGUCAAAAAGAGUUGUCCUGAAAACAGUUUGUGUGACCGUGUGGAGAACGCUGCUCGUGACAAUGAUUCAGAUGACAUCAUCAUGAAGGAAGAUGAGUGUGAUGAAAACACAGAAAAAAAAGCAAGACAUUAUUCAGGAAGCAAUGAUGUGGAAAUGGAAGAUACAUCAACAUUGUCACAGAUGACAAAAGAUCUAUCAGGAAACGUCAGACAACCACUCUGCCGUCAGUCUUCUGUUCCAGCCCAAGGAUGUAACGAUCAGAAUGUCUCAAUUGAUCUUGUAAAAGUAAGAGCAAGAAGUAAUUCAGAAUCUCAGUGUAGCUCAAGUCUGCCUGGUUCCAGACCGUGUUCAGUUCCAGUAGAGUGUUCUCAGUGCACCUUCCAACCUGUUGACCUGUCUGUGAGGUCGACAGUGAGGUCCCAGUUCACUGAGUCAAGUCACUUCCGUGGCUUCAGUAUGUCAGAAGAUGGGGCAUUAGAUUUGUCAAAGAAACAGAUUCAGAGACCCUUUCAGCGUGUAAAUUUUGAAAGUAAAUCAUUUGGACCUAAAAUCAAUCCAACCCUAACUAAUCAAGAUGAACCAAAAUCAGACCAGAUUUCCAGCACUACUCGUAUGCCUGCAUCUUCUCAAAGAACAAUAUCAUAUACAGGUUGUUUGGAUAAAAAGUCAUCGACAUUGGUUGAUCUGAGAACCACAAAAUCAAAUGUUGAAGCCAGUGAUGCGUGUGACCUUGUGUUAGACCGACAAAUCAAAGUAGAGAAAGAUGUUGAAGUUGAUUCCUCUCAACAUCAAGUCCCACCUCAACUGACCCAAGAUGCUGCAGCAGCGGUGGAGGUGAAGCAAUCCUGUCAGGAACAGGAAGAACCGACCUCGUCUGAUAAACCUGUCAAUGUCUCGAUACAAAGUAUGGAUAGAAGUGACACAAGCAAGGAAUGUGACCUCACUUCCCCUGAAAGACGAGACAACCAUGAAAACAAGUCUGACGAAAGUUCUACAUUCGAUUCUGAAGGUGAGGAAGACAUCACACCUUCAACGAGUCAGGAUCUUUCUGAACCGUCUUCUAAGACUGUAUCUUUAACUCAGGUUUCAUCCUGUUCAGAUAAACUCAAGACGAUAUGUUCAAGUGAAACCAUGACAACCAUAUCCAGUGUCCCGAGUAAGACGACUACCUCAUCCUACGAUUCCUCAGCAUCAGCUGAUGAUGAUGGUGGUAGUGUGUCAAGCAGCAAGGAGGACAAGGAUAGCAGCGAAGAUGACAAGGAUAGCAGCGAGGAGGAUGAUAAGGAAAGUGAGGAAGAGAGUUCGGAGGACGUCUGUGUGACUGAUAAUGACGAUGUAUAUCACUGUGAAAGUAGCCAGAGUGAGAUCCUCAUGAAAACUCUUUCAUGUGAAAGUUUGCCGCUGAAAAACUUUGAAAAGUUGCGACAUGAUCUCCUUCUCUCUGAUGACAGUAGUCUAAGUUAUAAUCACGAGUCCUCAGAAAAUCUUCUGGCUACAGCCAGUAGAUCCCAUGUGAGUAAUGAUGAUGAGGCCAUGUUUAAAUUACCAGAUAUGUCCACAUCAGCAUUUGCAAGGCUGGCUUCAUCUAGUGAACCCUCAGAUAAAACCAAAUCACCAGAGACAAUAACUAGGAGAACAAUGACGUCUCUGGAUGAAGACACUGAAAGUAGUCUGCUGUCAUUGCAUGCAGAACAGUUUGAGUUUGACUGUGACCAAAGUGCACAUGGUGACCAGUUUAGAAGCCAGGGUGGCCAGACUGCUGCUGAAACUUGUGUUGAAGAACAUGAAGAUGGAAAGUCUGGUGAAUGUUCUGAAGAUGCUAAGUCUGAUAGUGGUGAAUGUUCUGAAGAUGGGGAAAUAACUAGUGAUGAGGAAGGUCUGGCUGUAGAAGCACCUAUUGAUGAAGAACUGUCUGUUGAUUUGAGGGAAUUGUUAAAAGCAAAGCAGCUCCUUGAGCAGAAAAUAAAUGGGAUUUGUGGGAGGGAAAGUAAGAAGCCUUUGUCAUCUCGAACUUGUGAUCGGGAAAAUAGGCAUAAAAAUCAGAGACGUGACCGUAGGUUGGAACGAAAAGUUGAUAGAUCUAGGUCCUCAAGAAGUGUUGAUAAUCGUAGGGGAUCCAAACCAAGUACCUCGGAACAGGAUCGAUUCAGCAGAGAAGUUCAUGGGAGUGAUCCAAGACUUGUUGGAAGGUCAUCGUCAAGGCACCGAAGGGAUGAAGAAGCACGUUAUCACAGCAGCCCUUCAGCUCGUCAGAUUCCUUCUGAGAGUAAGAGGGACAGUCACAGAAACACUUCACCCGUAUCUUCAAGAAGCUCCCACAGAGAUCACAGUAAAGAAAACCACAAAAGUCAUGGCAGUGAUCGUCAAGACAAAUACCAGCGGCCUGACAGGAUGGUGACUGACACUGGGAGGCACAGGGCCCGAGGGCGAGAUUUUACGGACUCUGUUAGAAGUAGGGGUGACCCAAGCCCGGUCAGUCGCCAUUCCGGCAGGAGAAGCAAUAGAGACAAGUCAUGACCGAUGCUGGGGAUAUUUUACAGAGACAAUAUUGGUGUAUGUUUUGCAGCCUUUGCUGUUAUUACAGAACUGAACACAAUGAAGAGGUGGUAAUCCAUGUGAGGCUAAUAUGCAUAAAACUCUCUUAGCACUGAACAUUGUGUUAUUGUAUGGGAGUGGACACUGUUUUCUUGGAGUGGGUGUAUUGUGUUAUAUACAUCUGAAAAAAGUUAAGCACCAUCCUACCAGCAAGUCCUUAUAUUUAUUGAAUUUUUUUUAGAGAUCAUGAAUAUUUUUUGGGGUUGUUUUUCAUGAAAUCAAAGAAGUGGAGGAGGCAAUUAAUUGAAAUUGUGGUCAAAUAGGUAUUCCCAUUUAACAGUUACAGAACAUAGCAUUUCUCUUUCUGUAGUUUAAUGAGUAAGUCACAUUGUAAACAAAAACAUGUUUUGUCAUAGAAUUGAUACAGGAUAAGAUUUCAAAAAUUGGUUAUUUUAUGUGGAGAUAUAGCAAGCAGUUCUUAAAUUUUCUUCAGGAGUGAAAUUUAAGUUGAUAUUUCCAUACUCGUGUUCGAUAGCUAAACAAGUGCCCUCUAAUACUGUGGUCCUCUUUCUCCAUAGAUGGCAGGGUUCGGGACAUGUUUGUCAUGUGCAAAUAUCUAAGUGUAACAUGCAGUGUUUGAAAUUAAGUGUGGUCCUAGGGUACUUGAGGUUUUGUGUCUACAUCUAGGAUCCUGUUUUAACAUGAAGUGGACCCCCUUGACGUUCAUGCUUGUAUUGAACACAUGCACCUAUAUCAGAUCAGCGCCACAAUCACAUUAAUCAUUUAUUAAUUUUAUAACCAUUAAGAGUACUGUUGAUGCAGUUGAUGGCAAGGCGGUGCUGAUGUUGGCUAAAGCAUUAAAAGGCUGCUGACUGUCUCUAUAGCAAUAUCAACUGGAAAAACAGUUGUCAUGUUUGCAUAGAUGUGGGACACAAUUCCCAAUGUUUUUAUGAUUCUAAUCGAUGUCAGUGUUUUACCUGUGUGGAUGAUGUAUAAUCAUGAGGACACUUUUAAUAAAGCUGUAUCAUUUAUUCACA